AUGAAUGUUGAUGUCUUGUUUGUUAUGAUGUUAGGGACUGUUGAAGACGAUGAGACUGUUGUUAUCUCUGACAACUCUAGCGAUGAUGAUUACAGCGAUGCCUUAAGCAUGUUCAACGAAGAAGAAGAUCCAAGCGAGAGUAACAACAAGUCGUCUUCUACAACUGAAAAGCCAGAACCUCCUUCACCAGAAGAGAAGGCUACCGAUGAGGAGAAAGAAGAUGAUGACUGUCCCCUUUGCGCUGAAAAGAUGGAUGCAACGGAUCUACUCUUCGAACCAUGUUCUUCUUGCGAGUAUAAGAUGUGUCUCUUCUGCUAUAACAAGAUCAAAGUAGGCACUGGAGUUUGCCCAGGUUGCAGGACCAAGUAUGAGCAGCAGACAAGUAGUAACAGCGGAGAAGUGAGUUUCCAGCAACGUGGGGGUGACCCAAUCCGUUUGUCUUCAUCGUUUCAGGGACUUGAUGAUGAUAGUGCUUAA